GCGCAGACGCCAGGCCGCGAGGAAGCCGGCGGCGGGCGCGGCGUCGGGCGCGCAUUGUGCACGCCGCCCGCGCUCGGGCAUGGUGAGUCAGGCGCUGAUGCGCCUCGGGUCUGCAGUCAGCCGCCGGAGGAUGAAGCUGCUGCUGGGCCUCGCGCUGCUCGCCUACGUCGCCUCUGUUUGGGGCAACUUCGUUAAUAUGAGCUUUUUGCUCAACAGGUCUAUCCAGGAGAACAGCGAACUGAGAAUUGAAAGCAAGAUUGAAGAGAUUGUUGAGCCACUGAGAGAGAAAAUCAGAGAUUUGGAAAAAAGUUUCACCCAGAAGUACCCGCCAGUGAAGUUCUUAUCCGAAAAGGAUCGAAAAAGAAUUUUGAUCACCGGUGGUGCGGGGUUCGUGGGCUCCCACCUCACAGACAAGCUCAUGAUGGACGGCCACGAGGUAACAGUGGUGGACAACUUCUUCACGGGCAGGAAGCGGAAUGUAGAGCACUGGAUCGGCCACGAGAACUUUGAGCUCAUCAACCAUGACGUGGUGGAGCCCCUGUACAUUGAAGUUGACCAGAUCUACCACCUGGCCUCUCCAGCCUCCCCUCCUAACUACAUGUACAACCCCAUCAAGACGCUGAAGACCAAUACCAUCGGGACGCUGAACAUGCUGGGGCUGGCGAAGCGCGUGGGUGCCCGUCUGCUCCUGGCCUCCACAUCAGAGGUGUAUGGAGAUCCUGAGGUCCACCCGCAGAGCGAGGACUACUGGGGCCACGUGAACCCCAUCGGGCCCCGGGCCUGCUACGACGAGGGCAAGCGGGUAGCGGAGACUAUGUGCUACGCCUACAUGAAACAGGAGGGUGUGGAGGUGCGAGUGGCCAGGAUCUUCAACACCUUCGGUCCCCGCAUGCACAUGAACGACGGGCGGGUGGUCAGCAACUUCAUCCUGCAGGCCCUGCAGGGUGAGCCGCUCACGGUGUAUGGAUCUGGGUCGCAGACAAGGGCAUUCCAGUACGUCAGCGACCUGGUGAACGGGCUAGUGGCGCUCAUGAACAGCAAUGUCAGCAGUCCCGUCAACCUGGGGAACCCUGAAGAGCACACCAUCCUACAGUUUGCCCAGCUGAUCAAGACCCUCGUGGGUAGUGGCAGUGAAAUUCAGUUCCUCUCCGAAGCCCAGGAUGACCCUCAGAAGAGGAAGCCAGACAUCAAGAAGGCGAAGUUGAUGCUGGGCUGGGAGCCCGUGGUCCCGCUGGAGGAAGGUCUGAACAAAGCCAUCCACUACUUCCGCAAGGAGCUGGAGUACCAGGCCAACAACCAGUACAUCCCCAAGCCCAAGCCCGCCCGGAUCAAGAAAGGCCGCACGCGGCGGACCUGAACCUGCGCCCUCGGUAUGGACUUCAGUUUUGUUUCCGUUUAAAGACCUCACACGGUGUCAUGAAGAACAAACUGGAAUCUGUUCCGAAGCUCGCUGUAAGACACAGAUGUGCCUAGAAGCUCCCCAGAAACUGCGGACUCUGCCUUGCACUUUUGGAAUCUUUUUAUGUAAAGUAGCCUAGGUGCGUCCCUGCGUAUUUUCAGGUUUUUUACUUGCUGUGAGAGCCUGUGUCAUGACUGUCAUCGACAGUUUUAUUUUCUGGUUUCUUUGUGAAGCUGAACAGGAACAUUAAACAGGAUUUAUUUAUAAAAGUGGGUGCUCACCCAUGAAGCAACGUUACCUAUGCAUCUGGAGGAAGGCCCCGCAGGAUCGUCAGGUGGCAGCGCACCGGCUGUCGUUCUCGGAGAGAGGGGUUCCGUCGAGAGCUGGAUGUUUGUUCAGUGCCGAGUUCUCCAGGUCACCUUUUAGUUGCAAACUUGACUUUGUGUUUCUGUUGGUCACCAUGAUCAAGGAGACCUGAAAUCACUACUGUGCUGUGCUGCGUAUUUGGGGGCGGGCGGGACAAAGUUAAAUAUUCUUGGUUAACCGCGGGUAAAUAUGAUAUUUUAAUAAAAUACUGAGAUUUGCCAGUC